UGAUGUCACCCAACAGGAGCAAACAAAAAAGGAGCUGCUUCAGAAAAUAGAGGAAAUGAACACUGACACUAGAACCAUCCUGCAAACCCCACUGUAUUUCAACCUGUUCGUUCUCCUUUACAUUGAGUGUCCAGAUCUAAGGGAUGAAAUGAGCACCAGGACAUCAGUCUACUUACAGCUGAAAAGGCACAAGAUCAAGAGAAUCUCUGACAAGACAGGAAUUUCUGAAGAACUGCUGGAGAAAUUUGAUGUACUGUACAGAAAAUGGUCCCUGAAACAUUACACGGAAGACAAAUAUGAAUUCUCCGAGGCAGAUGUAAGAAGCUUUGAAGAGGAGAUUAAGCAAGCGUUACCUGAAAAAGUAUUUCAGAACUUUGAUCCCAUCAUGUCGUCCUAUUUCUCCAUAAAGAAAACAAAGAAGCACCUGGACAUUGUAAGGGUCUACUGCCACAGACACAGAAGUGAGCAGGAGUUUGCAGCUGCAGGCAGUAUCUGUGAUGACAUCGUCGCAUCAAGUGGAAGGACGCAAGGAGAGAACAUUGUCCUAGACAUCAUCACAUCAAGUGGAAGGACACAAGGAGGUGGAAGUGAUCCAAGACAGUUAUUUAUGAGAUUCAGAGGUGUGAUUUCCUUCAUACCAGGAAUACUUUGUGGUACUGAGAGAGAUGUGUUGCAUGAUACAAUAGAGGAGAUUCAUGAACUCUAUGUAUCAGACUCACUCUCUUUUGGUAUACAUGAUGGUCUUUUGGACCCAUGUAUUGAAACCAGAUUGGACGAUAAGGUUUUGGAAUCACUUGUGUCACAGAUGAGAAAAACAUUGCUGAAGGACCGAGUAAGAUUUGAAGAGCCCAAGAGUCUUUAUGUCCUACCGUCCUUGCUGCCUAAAUUGAGGCCCAAAGAGAUUAUAUUGAAAUUUGUUAUUUCAAAUGUAACAAUACAUGUGUCACAACUCAGUGAAACUCUGAAGUCUGCUAUCCAUAAUAGCAUUUAUACUGAGGUUCAGCUUUCGAUGCGUCUAAGUGUUUGCGCACAACUUCCAGGACAGGAGGAGGUUUUGAAUCCAGUGGAUUAUUUAAAAAUGGACAUUUGGGAUGAUGGCUACGAAGACUUAGAGAGGUUGAGGAGGCCCUUUUCUCUCACGACUCCACCAAAGGAACUGAAAUUAAAAUACUUCAUGUUUUAUGCUCCUGAGAAUCGUAGUCAUGUUUCCCAAGUCAUAAACAGGACGUUUCCAACAAUCAGGGAAGAAGGAGGAAGAGGAAGCACCACUGAUUUAGUGAUUCACUUAUAUAAAGAAGAUUGA